AUGGCACAGGUACUUGGAUCAGAUCACCGGUCGGGAGUCGUGGACGGUUGGCAAUGGCAGAGGCUCGCUCUCACCUUUGUAGUACAUAACCGAACGAUGUCGGGCACGAGCAGAGACCGGAGGAGCGGGAACGGGCUUCACCGGCAGAGAUUCGUCAUCACCAUGGCGAGACGACAGUCGGGUACUACUGUUCGAUUUCCGCCUGCGGUGAGUAGGAUCCAAAGAAUUAGUCACCGGUGUAGGCUCCUGUACGGACGUCGACGACGAGUCCGUGUGCUUCGAGUGGAGGCCGUCAACGUCACCCAGAAGCGCCACGCUAUCGUCUCCGCCAUUGCCGCGUCUGCCGUCCCCUCGCUCGUGUUUGCCCGCGGGCACAGGAUUGAGGAGGUUCCCGAGCUUCCCCUCGUCGUCUCUGAUGCCGCUGAGGCCGCGGAGAAGACUAGCGCCGCCGUGAAAAUCCUCAAGCAGGUUGGCGCCUUCCCUGAUGCCGAGAAGGCCAAAAACAGCCACUCGAUCCGCCCUGGAAAGGGGAAAAUGCGGAACCGCCGCUACAUAUCCAGGAAAGGGCCGCUCGUGGUUUAUGGAACUGAGGGAGCAAAGCUCGUCAAUGCUUUCCGCAACAUCCCAGGUGUCGAGCUUGCCCAUGUCUCGCGCCUGAACCUUCUCAAACUUGCCCCUGGUGGCCAUCUUGGGAGAUUCAUCAUCUGGACCAAGUCUGCCUUUGAGAAGCUCGACGAGAUUUAUGGAACUUUUGACAAGCCAUCUGAGAAGAAGAAGGGUUAUGUUCUGCCAAGGACCAAGAUGGUCAAUGCUGAUUUGGCCAGGAUCAUCAACUCGGAUGAGGUGCAGUCUGUGGUGAAGCCGAUCAAGAAGGAGACUAAGAGGGCCCCCCUGAAGAAGAACCCAUUGAAGAAUCUGAAUGUGAUGCUGAAGCUCAAUCCUUAUGCCAAGGCUGCCAAGAGGAUGGCACUUCUGGCUGAGGCAGAAAGGGUUAAGGCUAAGAAGGAGAAGCUUGAUAAGAAGAGGAAGCAGACCACUAAGGAGGAGGCAUCAUCAAUUAAAUCUGCCGGCAAGGCCUGGUACAAGACUAUGAUCUCAGAUAGCGACUACACAGAAUUCGAGAACUUCUCAAAGUGGUUGGGUGUAUCUCAGUGA